AUGUCGAAGCUGCUCCAUGAAGAUGAAACACCGUUUGUGCUUUCAGAAGAAGUAAAGACGCUAAUGAUGCAAAGGGAAACUCAUAUACGGAAAGCUUCAUGGGACUGUGUUGCAAUGCUCUUUGAAACGACGUUCAAGUUCAAGAAAGGGACAGGCAGUAAGGUUCGCAAGCACAACAAGAUACUGUAUCUUGCACUUAUGACCGAUUUUGGUUUUUACUACUUGGAUCCAACUAUGCGUACAGGCCUCAUGCAAGCUCCGUUCAUUGUUGAUGGAAUCUGCCAAAUUCUAUUCUAUAAUAAAAAAGUGCACAGAGUUGACCAUGAGUUUCUGUUCAAUCCUAUCCCGCCUGCUACGACGGAACAUUUUCUAAGCCAGUGGUCAACAGGUAUCCGCAUCCCGCGCACCCUUGACGAGGAUGUUAUGAAUUUGAGUUUUCAGAAACAUGUCACGCGGGUUGAUGAAUGGAUUGCCCUUGACGAGAAGAAAACCAUGACGAUCAUGAAACAAUGGUAUUACCUGGGACAGAAGUAUGCCGGUGUUGGAGGUGUUACUGGUCCAGAGGAUGUCAAAAUGUCCCAAAAGGAUAGAAAGAACGCAGUUGCAGAGCUUCACGCUAUGAAGGUUCCUGACAUGAGCGAAGAUGACGAAGGUGAUGAAGAUGAUGAGGGAAAUGAUGGUGAAGAUGAUGAGGGUAGUGACGAUGAAUACAGGGACAAAAACAACGGCAAAGGUGACUACGGCAACAACAGUGAAAAUGACAACGGCAGCAACAGUGGAGGUGAGAACAGCAAAGAUGAUGAUAACAAUGGUGGCAGCGAGAAUAAAUAUGAGGAUGAGAUCAAUAAUGGUAUGGAGGGAGAUGACGGUGGUCUAAUUGCGGAAGGUGGUAGCGGUAGAGCUAAUGGCUUCAACGUGGUGAAUCUUACUAAAGCGCUGUCGGUGAUCUCACACCCUAGUCCAGAGGAAGAGUAUCCUGAAAGUCACCAUCGGACUCCUGCAGUGCCGUUGAAACUCAUUAAUUUGGACAAACCCGUCAUGAUAUCAAACGAGCUGACUAAUAUGGAAAUAGAGGAUGGGAUGCAAGGGACAGAGCCCGUCGAUGAGAUACCAGACAACAAAAGUCUACGAAAGACAAAGAAGAGACCAAAAGCAGUUAUUUCAGCAGUACCUCCUAGACCAAAGCGUAUUGCUAGAAAGUAG